AUGACGUACCUUCACAAAGCAUCAAAUCUCCUACUCUUCUUCUCCAUUCUCAUCACUCCAACCCACGCAGCAUGGGCCAACCUCACACUCUCCUCCUACACCCUCCUUCAAACCCCCUUCUCCUCCACCAUCGCCGCCCUCGACGCCGCCCUACCCAACGUCAAAGUCAGUACCGUAAUGUCAGACCUCAAUCACGCAAAUCCCGCCUCCUCCCCAAAAGUAACACACCUCGUUCCCUCCUCCGCAUACGCCUGGGCCCACACGUCCUCGUACGACGACCAAAACACCGAGAAAUGGUACCCGCAGGGCAUCACGACGUCUGCGGAUGCGUAUGCAAGCGGGACGUACGAGGGGCAGCGGGUGCAGCUUGUGACGUGGCACUCAGACCACUACGACAAAGGGAAGCGGGGCGCGAGAAUCAGCUUUGUGAGUCAGGGCGGCAAGGCGAAGAAGUAUAGGAACGUACUGCUUGUGCAGCCGAAGGGCAGCGAUGAUUUUGAGGCGAUUGGGGGCCUGCACGCGGGCGGCGUGACGUGGUAUGGCAACCUGGUGUAUGUGGUAGAUACCAGCGGAGGGUUGCGCGUGUUUGACCUAGACCAUUUGUACAGAGUUGACGAUGGGAUCAAAGAUAAGGUUGGGAAACAGGGAAGCGGAAAGUAUGCUGCGUAUGGGUACAAGUACGUGCUCCCCCAGGUCCGCAGAUACAACUGGCAGCCCAAGUCCGGCGUCAAGGACAUGCGUUUCUCUUUCGUGUCGCUGGACCGCACGACGACGCCCGACUCGCUGCUCGUCGGUGAAUACCACCCCACGCGUACGGACUGCCGCCUCGUGCGCUUCGCACUGGAUUACCAGACGCGCUGGCUCAAGACGAGCGCAGGCGGCAUCGCGACGGCGGUGCAGGCAGUGUCCCACGGAAAUACGAAAAUACAGGGUGCGGCAUCCGUCAAUGGGAAGUUCUUUCUGACGCAGAGUGGUGGGAACCUGCUGAGCUUUUCAUGGAGAGGAGGAAAGAGGACGAGUAAAAAGGUGUUUCCGAGUGUGCCGGAGGAUCUGAGCUAUGAGAAGGGAGUGGGCCUUUGGACGCUGAUGGAAGAGAAGGGAAAGAGGAGUGUGUUUGCUGUGAAUCCUUCCGAACUCUGA